AUGGAACAGAAUGAGGUAAUCAGGAACGCGGAGACUCUCGGAAAGAAGUUGAACGAUGCCGUGACGGCCGCCUGGGAUCUGGAGAGGUCUGUGAAUCCGGAGUUGGAGGCGUGUCAAGCGGAUCCAUGUAGGGAGUCGUCAAUAGAUCUAAAAUCAUGGGUGGCCAAGUUAGUGAAUCUGGAGAAAUCAUAUGCCGGAGUACAGGAUAUGAAAGAAGAGAUGAAGAACCUAGCGAACGAUUCCGAGGAUGAAAGCUUCAAGGAGUCGAUUUACCGUUGGCUCACCAAUGAAUUGGAGACAAAGCUAGUCAGAAUGAAGUACACAUUAGAUCAUGGGUACUUUCUUGUCCAGAGACAAAGAAUUGCUGAGGCAACUUUGAACUCGUGGGGGGUGUCAACCGAUAUAUAUGGUCAAGUGCGAGCCACUGAAUAUGCAGCAAAACGCCGACAACAACCAGAUAGGAAGGCAAAGAGAAAUCGGAACACAGAAAACAGCGACACCACUCCACGUCGAGACCUCAGGGCCAAGAAGACCAGGAGGGUGGAGGAAGAGAUAAUAGUAGAUCAAGCGAUUGAAAGUGAAGGUAAACAGCCAGAGGGCGAAGCGGAAUCCGAGUACCUAUCAGACAGCUCAGAGAACGAAUAUAUGGAGGAGGAAGUGGUACAGCCACCUCCAGCCAGAAGGCGACAGAGAUCAUAUCAACAAGAACAGAGUCAUCCGAGAUCAGAGUUAGCGGAGGAGAUGACCGAGUUGUGCCGACUCAUCAGAUUGCAAUUAGAGAUUGGAAUGAGAUCUGAACCGAGGUCGAACGAACAACCGAGGCAAGGUACGGUCGAUUACCGCGGUAAUCCCCCACCUCAGUUGGUUAGCAGAGUAUCGAAUCGGGAAGAGUUUCGAAGACAUAUAACACAACAAGACUUUGAUUUACAUUGUCUCCGGUCUGAGGUAAUUGAAGGUAAAUUGCACUGUAGGUGCGAACCCCACAACAUGCAGCAAGCCACGGCUUGUGCACCAUCAAACGGGCAUGAACUGACAAGAUAUACGGGGAAAAGCCCUGCGGAUUGGAACAUGUUCGUGGCGUCAUUCAAUGCACUCAUUGGGUUGAACCCACGAUACCCACCCGUGGUCAAAUACCGCAUCCUGAAAGAAAAAGUAGAGUAUAGGGAUGAAAAGAUGAUAUCCAGCGGGAACAUCACAUCACGAUCGUACACGCGGAGUUGGGAAUGGCUACACCAAUCCCAUUCGGAACCCAUGACGUGUUUAGAGUACGUUCGGUCGGUGUUAAUGAAGAUUAGCAUUCGAGCAGACGGAGCGUCGCUGCCUCAUAUCAGGAGAUUGUGGGACGGAGUCUGCGAAUUGCGGGAGGCGGGCUACAAUAUGAAAGAUAAGGAUCUUCGUAAGGUAAUCAUGGCGACUUUGUCGGAAGAUCUGGCCGGCAACAUUAGAUCAUGCGCAGAAGUUGGACGUUUGGGAGGUUAUAAACAGAUCGCAGCUGACGAUUUGGCUCGAGAAAUCUUUGAUUUCGUCACGGCAACAGUAGAAGAUCGAGAAGCCCGGGAAAGUAGAUAUCAGCCACCAGGGAAAUUCGCUCAGCAGCCAUCAGUAGAUAAUAGAUUUCGGAACGAGAAGGAAUCCCACCACAAAGCAGGUCAAAAUCACAGGGGGUAUCAUCAGAAAGGCAAGAAUUCGUCAUGUUGGUUUUGUCAAGGAAUGCAUCAGGCAGUCGUGUGUUCCAAGUUUCAGUCAGCGUCGGCUAGAAUGCAGCAGGCUCGGGAGAAAGGACGGUGUUCUAAGUGCUUAGCGAUGAGGCAUGAAGGUAAUUGUGCCAUUGGAGCAUGUUCGCGAUGUGGAGAGAAGCAUCACAUAGCCUUCUGCGGCAAGCCAAGGGUCACUCCAUCAGGCGGCAACUCUGCACCUCUAGAUGACUCUAAGAGGAGAUUGGUCGCAGCGCUAACCAACGACGAGGAGAUGGAAAUGCCAGCAAAUCUUUUCAUGACUUUGGAUCUACCAAUAUCAAGGGAGAAGGGGAGCUUGAUUCUUCCCCUGAGGGCUGCCAUGGAUACCCACAGUUCCAUGAGUUUCAUCACGAUAGAAAAGGCCAAGCAACUGAAGUUGAAGCUGGGCGAGGAGGAUAAGUCCUCUCUAACCGUGUUUGGAAACGUGCGGAACACGACGAAGAUGUAUAAAACAACCGCCUACAUGCAUUUAGAUAAGGGGGAGGUCAUUGCAAUCGAUUUACAUGCGGUGGAGGAGAUCAUCGCACCGUAUCCGAUGAUUGAUAAAGUGCCCCAGGAAAUAGAUAAACUCUUCAAAUGGGAUCCUAAGGGAUCUCUCAUUAGGCGAGCUCCCGAUCUUCUUCUCAGUCUUAGGCACACGUGGCUACUGCAACCUCAGCACAUCGAAGCGCAGUUGGAAUGCGGGUUGACGUUGAUCAACACCAGGAUGGGAUACUUGGUGUGCGGAGGUGCCGCUGAAGAUCCCAUGCCGACAACUUUGUUAAUUCAUCACGCUGAUGGCCGCGAGAUGACACCGGAACAACGCUGCAUAAGAAAAUUAUACGACAUGGAGCAUCUCGGAGUGAAGGAUGAAGACUUUAAUAAGACAGAGGAGGAGUUGGUAACUGAAAGGUUUAUGAAGGAAUUAACGGUGGAUGAUGAAGGAAGGUACCAAGUGAAGUUGCCAGUUAAGGACUGCAUAAGUCAGCUGGGAUCAAACAAGUUUCUCGCCACUCAGAUAACCGAGUCUUUGAGGAAAAGGAUCCUAAGGGAUCCGGAGGCACAAAGGGCGUAUCAGGAGACAUUCCAACAGUAUCUUGAUGAUGGUAUUUUGGUAGAGGUAUUUGAUGACAGACUACCCGAGGAAGCCAUUGGAGAACAUUAUCUGCCCCACCAUCCUGUCAGGAAGGCGGAUUCCAACACGACCAAGGUGAGGAUUGUUGUCAACCCGACCGUGAAAACGUCGAAGACUGGCAUAUCAUUUAAUGACGCCAUGUUCAAGGGCAGACCGGAUCUUCCCACCAUAUUAGCCAUCAUGCUCCGAGCUCGUUGUUAUAAAAUCCUCACAAUUAGCGAUGUUGAGAAGGCGUAUUUGCAGCUCACAGUUCACAAGGCGCACAGGUCAUUAUGUAGAUUAAUAUAUUGGAAAGAUAUUCACAAGCCUUUAGAUAAAGAUAACAUCAGAAUCUUCGAAUUCCAAAGAUUAAGCUUCGGCUUAAAGCCCUCCCCCUUCAUACUGCAACAAACCCUCAGGGCCCAUCUCGAGAAGACGGAUCCUAUCCUCGGCAAAGAGAUAAUGGCGAACAUGUACGUCGAUAACAUCACAAUUGGCGCGGCAAGUGAUCAGGAGGCACAGCACAAGUCGGAGGAAGCAGUCAGAUUAUUUGCUAAGGCAAACAUGAAUCUCCGAGAAUUCUUCUCUAAUGGAAGCAUUAACCUGCCAAAGGAGCGCAUGGGCAACAGCGAUAAGGUGAAGUUUCUGGGGACGGCUUGGGAUAUAAAGGAGGAUGAAUUCAUUGUCAAAGUGCCUGUUCCAAAAUUGUUCGUUGAAAUUACUAUGUCAGUCGUGUUGGGGGACAUCUCAUCAUUAUAUGACUUACUUGGGUUGGCAACUCCGUUGUUGACCAAACCGAAGGCUUUCUUCCAAUCAUUGUGGCAUUUGAAAUUAAAAUGGAACGAACCAUUACCCCAAGACAAGAAAGAGGAGUGGGUCGAGUUAGCCAGAAAUUGGAACGGGCAGGAACUAAGGUUCCCCCGAUUCACACCCAUCAAGCCGGGAGACGAAUUGCAUGUGUUCAGUGAUGCAAGUGCAGUCGCAAUGGGCGCGGUAGUGUACGCAGUAAGCAGAGACAAUUCGUAUCCCCCUGCAAUCGUUGCCGCUAAGGGGCAAAUAGCGCCGCUCAACAAGGAGAGAACGAUACCUCAAAAGGAAUUGGCCGGCGCAAACAUCGGAAUUCGUUUAGUUGAGACGGUUAAGCGGGAAUUAGGGAUGGAUCUUGGAACAACCGCGUGGAUAGAUAACGAAGCCGUCAUCUACUGGAUUAAGUCAGGAGCAGAUAAACAACCGCUGGCCAUAAAUAACCUCCUGAAAAGAAUUUGGGACUCUUCGGUUCACCAGUUCAACUACGUUCCUACUGAUCUCAAUCCGGCCGAUAUAAUAUCCAGGGGAUGUACACCGACGGAACUUGAUCAAUCGGAGCUGUGGAAACAAGGUCCAGCAUUCUUAUCUCAAACCAAAGAUCGAUGGCCGACUAAGUUGAACAUUCAUAUUGAAGGCAGACCCUUUGACCCCAGCGGAUCUGAUGAGAUGAUCGUUCUUGCCACGGCAAGUGCGGAACUAAAUACGGUGAUUAAAACAAUUUACAAAUACAGCAGAAUGGACAAAGCCGUCCGGGUAGUUGAAUAUUUGUUGAUACCUUUUUUGAAGAAGAGGAAGAUGGAUAUUACUGGCGAUGAGAUAAGAGAUAAAGCUAUGGCAGUGAUCCAUCGAUUGGACCAGGAAGUCUGGCCACCUAGUUCAGAUCAGCAAAAGGAUUUAGGAAUCUUUCGGGAUUCCAACGGGGUACGAAGAUCAAGAGGGAGGAUCUCUAGAGCUGACCUAUCAGAGGACACCCUUCAUCCCAUAUUUGUUCAUGACAAAUCACCGUUAGCAAAGACGUUGGUUCAGCAGGCACAUGAACAGUUAUGUCAUCAAGGCCCGAGUGCAACAUUGAAUAAGAUAAGGUAUAGAUACUGGAUUCCCAAGGGAAGACGGACAACAUCAGGCAUAUUAAGACAUUGUGCGCAAUGUCGAUUAUGGCUAGCAAAGCCAUUCUUAAGACCACCGUCGGAAGAGUUGCCGAGAGAACGAGUGGAGAUACAACCGCCUUUCAGGAACAUUGCAUUGGACAUGUUCGGACCGUUGAAAGUGCGGUCGGGAAAGAAACAGAUGAAACGUUACGUAAUAAUCUUCACAUGUCUCACAGUGAGAGCGAUUCACAUGGAAGUAAUCAGCUCGCAGAGCGGAGAGGAUUUCUUGUUGGCGUUCCGACGCUUCAAGGCAAUCAGGGGAUGUCCGAAAUUCGUCCAAUCGGAUAAUGGUUCUAACUUCAAAGCCGCCCAUGAUCUUAUACAAAGAGAAUGUGGAACUAUGGAUUGGAAAUUCACUGAUCCUCGGUCACCUUGGCAGAAUGGGGUCGUUGAAAGGUUAAUCAGGAUAGCAAAGACAGCGUUUUAUCGGUCGAAACCGCGGUUUCACCAACUCAAGGAAGCGGAGUUGAUCACUGUAAUAAAGGAGAUAGAAGCCGCUAUCAACCAGAGGCCUCUAUAUCAUCGGGGGGACAAAAGAGAUUCCCUACAGCCAUUGAGGCCAAUUGAUUUUAUAUCGCCAGCGGGGUAUCAUUACCACAACCCAAGGCAGGCCCAAGACGAUUACAUCGUCGAUCCCAGCUAUGUUCCAGACUCAGAAAAAAGGAAACCAAAGGCGGACAGACCAGCGGAUGCCCACCAUCUUCUGGAGAUGCACAGGACAGUGAGUCAAGUAUUAGAAAGUUACUGGGAAAUAUGGCUGGAAGAGUAUUUGCUGGAUAUUCGGGAACAUGAGCGCGCGCCAAGAGAUAAGAAUGGGGUAAGAUCGAAACCCAGGAUUGGUGAGGUCGUAUUGUUAGAAGGACCUAUGCAAGAUCGCUCAGAGUGGCCGUUAGCAUUGAUUACAGCAAUAAUACCCACUAAAGCCGGAACAGACCCCGGUUAUGUAGUCGUCAGGAGGAGAGACAGUCAAGACCCAAGUGGACAAAGCUACAAAUAUCAAAACAUGUCUAUUCAGACGAUUCUUCCAUUGGAAGCGAAUGAUGAUUUGGAAACGCCUGAAGGCGGAAGAAAAAAUCAAACAUCAUUACCUGCAUCAGCACAGACAGAAGAGACAUCGAGGUUUUGUACGGGUGAUGUGUUGGAUCAGGCACAAUCGGAUUCAGCAGUUUCUACGGAAACAAAUCAACCCAAUAUUAUUUCCGCGGGAGAUAAUCUUGACCUGGGUGAGACAGUUGACCCACAGGACAUCAGCUCCGAAAAGGGACCAAAUUCUGAGAACAGGGAUCGACGGUCCGCACAAAGAGUGCGACAACGAUCGACUCGGUACCCAGAAGAGACCUACAUUACUUGCGUGAUUAUAACAUCGGGUUUCGGGGGCCGCGGAGGGCACGUCGGAGACCGACAUGAGGGUUUUGGCAGUAUACCGCAUGCUAAUCAGUGUAUUUGUUGCAGCGCGGACGCCAUAACGAGAACAACAUCCGUUCCAAGUUCAACGACGUCAACAAGGUCAUCAUCAAACCAGCACAGAAUGACCGAACGAAAGAAAAUAACUUUUGCGGAAUCGGAAGAAAAAGAAACGGUGGCAAAGCCAAGGACUCAAAUUGGAGAGAGCUCUAAGAAGCCAAGGCUUCAGAGUCUUCUGGGAGAAGUUCGGGGAUUCGAGCGGAUGGAGCGAAAGAAUCAACCUCCAAGAACGAUUACAAUUGACGAUCCUGACUCAUUAUUCAUCUGCAGAGCAGGACAUGGGGAUCAUAAGGAAUGCACGGUAACAACACUAGGUGAUUUUGGUCGGAAGGAAGAUCCCAGAAGAGAAAUACAUUCGCUGUAUAGUAUGGCAGCGGUGAAUUGGAUGGCAAGACUGCCGGAUAAUUGGAGACGAUGCGAUGGUUGGAGCCAUACUACCUAUUGGAUCGACAGAGUCUAGUCGUACAAUUCCAAAUCCUUUAUGAGGACAGAUCGGACUUGAGAGAAAUUGAGAGAGUUGGCCGCGAAACUACCGCCAGAUUCGGAUUUGCGAGCUUCGAGUUUUUGAAUGGUCAGGGAUUGAGUGAGUGUGCCAGAUGGAGAAUGGUGAGGAACAACAACGGACAGUCGCCUAAGGGCAACUUCGUCGUGGGGGAGUGUUCGAUCCAUCGACGGAAGUAACUAAAAUCGGAUCGAAUGUCGCCGGAAAAAGAGACGGGCCAAGUCUCUCUUGUUUUGUUUUGGUUCGCAACACUUUUGAAUCUAUUUUGCUUUUGUCAUCAUUUUUGGAAUUAGAGAGAUCUCGAACGACUUGGAGAGAGGUCGUCACUUUUGGUAGCAGAUAAUUAGUAUUUUUAUCUAUUUCUUGUACUGUAAUUUCAUUCGGGUAAUUAAACGAAUCUAAAGCUAUUCCGCGGAGAUAAGUUGAAAGGGACAUCUGUCCAAUUAUUUUGUUAUUCCGUUUGCUAAGGCAAACGUUGUACUGAACCUUAGGGUUCAAAAUUGGAUUCAUACCACGAGAUACGAAGCUACAACUGUAAGCAACUGAGGUUUCUUACAAAUCUGAGCGUCACACUUGAAGUACUUCCCCUGUAAGUUUUAUUGAACACGUCAUGCCUUUCGCGAGGUAAACUUAUUGUUAGUUUCUAUGCACAACCUAUAUCUAACAAGGAGUACAACCGUGGACUUCUUCGGACAAAAAUUGUUUGAGAUACAGUACCAGGGGUGGUCAGCAGACCCUAUUUUUCCGAUUUUCGGCCCGCGGCCCGGCCCGUCUAAUCACCGGCCCGGCCCGGCCCGUCUAGUCUUUUUCCAGGCCCGGCCCGGCCCGUGACGGGCCUGGCCCGGCCCGGCCCGUGCAGGCCCGUCUAUAGAGGGUUCUGCGAACUGCGCCCAGGCUCGGGAUCUAAACUGAGGCAAAAAAGGCGUUGAUCUAGCUAGUAAAGGAUCAAUGUGAUAGUUUUGUGGUUCUAUAAUGGAACUAUAGACUUGUAAACGUGUUAGAACUUGAGAAACAGCAACUAUAACAACAUCAAUUAAUUUUCCCGGCGCGAAAACAAUGAAUGCCAACGGUUUGGCAUUGUAUUUUAGACGGCCCGGCCCGUGACGGGCCCGGCCCGUUUGUCAAUUUCCAUUUUUGAGGCCGGCCGGCCCGUUUGUCAAUUUCCAUUUUUGAGGCCGGCCGGCCCGUUUGGGCCGGGCCGGGCCGGCCCGGCCCGGCCCGCCGACCACCCCUGUACAGUACGAAAGCGUUUUUGAAAAUAAUGUCAGAGUUGGCACAUGUGUCAAGUGUUCUCUUGCCUGAAAAUAUUUUUUUAAUUUACAAUUUUAUUUUUGUCGGCUUCUUAUGGUAAAACAGUAAUAUAAGAGAAAGAAACCAUGCUUCCAGUUGCGUAAAUUACCUUGUUUUUUCUUCUGUGAAGAUGUAGGUUGGUUUGACGUUCUUAUAUAUUCUAAAAUUUAGGUGCUCAACUAUAUCUUCACAGAACUCUUCCGAAUCUGCUGUUCUUUCGACAACUGCCGAGGCAUUCUUUAAGGAUCUGAAUGUGGUUUUGGGCAACAACCAGAAUUUCCUUAAAUUGAAGAAAGAUGUCGCUGCCAGAUUCUGGAGUCUAUUGACUGCAAGUCCGGAAAGAGAAUUGUACGUCGUUUACUUCGAGAUCUUGCUAAAUGUCGACGCAGUGAUCACGUAUGCCAAGAUGGAUUCAUUUGCUAAUCUUAUUCGUAAAUCCUUGAUCACCGAGUUCUCCAAGUUUGUUGAAUACAAACGGGAAUCAGCUGAAGGUAAAAAUUUCAUAAAUACGGCUGCCACUGGCUUACACAACCUCACACAUCUUCAUGUAAGCGUUUUCCCAGUUUUCUUUAAAAUAUUGUUUUUAACGGUUAUAAUUUUGUGAUUUAAGAAGAAGGUGAUGGAGAUUUAUUUCAAGGCCAAAUGUAUACAAGAUUUCAAACAAUGCAUGUUAACUAUGGCUACAAUCGAUGAACUGAUCAGUUUUCUGGAGGUGUGUUUUGGUCGUUGUUUUCAAUUUAUUUUUAGGAAAAGAGUUAUCGUUAUGUGGGAGAAGUGUGCAGGUGGAUUUCGGCUCUUCCCAUCAAAAGUAAAUUGGAUUACAGUGUUUUAACAGCCCGAGCGCUUCUCAACGAUGACUUAAGUAAUCUCUACGCUCUUUGUCGGGAAGAUGUUCUGGUCCGGGGCUCCGUAGUGCAAUAUCUCAAUUAUAUUUGUGGCGAUGAGCAUAUCGGAACAGAUCCGGUGGUUGUUGAAGAAGACUUUGGAGAAAAACAUCUGAAUGAACAGCUUCGGAAAAAAAUCAGUACUGUUGUAAAAGUAGCUUUCAACAUGUUCAAGGAAUUCAAAUUGCCGAGGGAAGCAGUGGAGAAUUGCAUUUACAUUAGGCAGAUGAACGACUUCAUCUACGUACUCAACAGAUACAAAAGAGGCGAAAUUAACAGCAUAGAACAGUCGAUUGCGAAGGCUUUCAAUAAAGGAUAUCGGUUGCAAUAUUCUGUUCUUGCUAUUCUUGCAAGAGAGGAGGGGCUGGAAGUUGCCAUGUAUUAUGCGAUGUUUUUUAACGUACCCGAGGGGAGUUGGCCUCCCGAUCUCAGAGAAAAUAAACGCAAUCUGAAGGCUUUGGUGGGUGCUAAGGUAGAGAAAAAGUAAGUUUAUUUUUCAUGGGAUAAGAAUUAUUUCCUGUUACAACAUUUGCGGUAUUGUGACACUUGCGGAAUUCGGAACAUAGCCUUAAUGCCCAUUCCGUGUUUUAGGAGAGAACAAAUGGACAUAGAACAGAGUCAAAUUGAAACAGGGGUGGUCAUCAAUACACAAAAAGAUCACCGUGCAUUUGUUGUGGACACAAUUGAGAAGAUUGACACGAUUUUGAGGCCUUUUAUGGAAGAGCCAACUGAAGGUGGUUAUCUUGGGAUGGACGCGGAAUGGGAUGCUUCUGAUUGUGGGCAACAGGGAGAUCUCUGUAUUCUACAAUUAUCGUCUAGACACAAGACUAUUGUUGUGGAUGUCACUAAACUCUCGGGCGUUCUGAGCGAUGAACAAUGGAUUAAAGUUCUCAAAAUUAUAUUUGAUGGAGACAAAAAGUUAAUUGGUGAGUUGACUUGAGGGUUGUAGUGAUGCAAUUAGGGUUUAAGGCCUUUUUUACGGUCAAAUUCUAGGAUUUGCGCUGCAUUCGGAUCUCCAGGUUCUGGAGUAUAAGUUCCCAUUCCUUCUUGAAGAGGUCCCCAAUGUCACCAAGAACAUGAUCUGUCUUUAUGCUGCCUUCAAUGUAAUCAAUGCUGAUCAGGAGAAGGUGCGGGCUGUUUACAGAGUCCCAAAAGCACCACAAAAUAACCUUGCUCAGAUCUCAAAAAUCAUGCUGAACUACGAGUUGAGCAAGGAAGAACAGAGCAGUGUGUGGAGUGCGAGACCAUUGAGGAAAGAGCAGUUGAGAUAUGCUGCCAAGGAUUCUAUGGCUGUUUAUGGGAUCUAUGGAUUAACCUUAUCGAGGCUUGGCUCUAAAUUUGGAGACGUAAAUGAGAUCUUCAAACCUUUGGAAUUGACGAAAACGGCGGCGAAGAAGUCUUUGAUGGAAGAGUUGGAGAUCGGAGAAAGAGCGGCCGAAAAGAAAACCAAGUCUUCUCAUAUCAGCAAAGAGGAGCUGGAGGGCAUUGUAAAGGUAACACUUUUUUCGGCAAUAUAUAUGGUCUAUAUCAAUUGCCUGUUUUAGAGAGUGAAUUCCUUCUUCUACGAUCGCCAACUUUCCACCAUUUCCCCGGGUCAAGUCACCUAUGCCUAUGAUUCCAUGUGCACUCAACUGGCCAUUUGUCUCCGCCGUCUCGGAAUUAGUGUUAUCAAGGUACCGAAAGAAGAGGAGCUACCCGAAUGGAUAAUGGGAAAUUCCAAAAAUUAUAGAAUUUUGACAUCGGGGAAAGCGAUUAGAAAGUUUUGUGGAGUUGAGAAAGUAAUCGACACGGCGUCAUCUUCAGAACCACUCGAUGUGCAAAUUGAAAUGUUUCUGAAGAAGGAAUUGUUGGCUGUGGACACAAAAAGUUAUAAACCCAGAUGUGAAGGAUGCAAUGCAAGGAACUUUUGCAUGAUCCCUCUUCCUUAUUUACAGUACCUACAUUAUUGCACGGUACUUCAAAAUGAGGAAAAAUAUAGUCAUGUGGAAUUGGACGAAGAUGAAGUGGAAAGGCACUUUGAAAGCCUGACUAAGUAUGUGUAUCCGGUCAUGAAGUAUCAGUCGUCGUUCAUUCAAUGCAAGGGGAAGAUUUUGAUCUAUACGAAGAAUGCAAUAAUCGAUCCAAAGUAAGCAUUUUAGGAUAAAAAACAAGUCGAAGUUCUAUUGUACGUUUAUUUUGAAUACAAUUUUAGUUUAUUGGAAAUUUGCGAACUUAUUCAUACCAAGAAGGGAACUAGGAAAGGAGAAUCAAAGAAAUUGAUUAUGUCGACGCACAGGAGUCUCAAGGAUCUCAAGGAAUCUCGCUACGCUGUACAUGGAAUUUGUGUGAGCUGCGGCAAGGAGAAUAUCGAAGUGACUGAUGACCCAUACCGGCGCAAUGUAUAA